AUGGAGGCGUCCGACAUGGGAAAGCCGCUUCCAGUCUUGCCAUUCGCGACUCUUGCGUUUCCGCCUUUGCCAAUUCCCUUGUCUAACUUCUCCAUUUACUCUCAGCGUCCUUCGAAGCCCCGAUUGAAAGUCAGAUGCCCUCACUCUGUCAUGACCCGCUUUUACUCUACGCGUGACAAGUGUGUUUAUUGCAGACGAAAGGGCGACUUCGGCUGGGUCUACAAGUGUAUCGUCGAUCGCGAUGCUCUGAUCAUGGGCAGAAAGGCCAUUGGAAUUCCUGUGGCCUUUGACGGUAUCGGCUGUCACUUUGCUGACAAGAUGACCCUUGGGAAGCAUGGCCCAGACGCUCGCCACGAGGAUUACAGCUUUCUCAGAGAGAUAACUCCCGAACAGAUGGUCUCGUAUACCCCGUCUCAGAUACAGAAGAUACUGAGCCAGCGCGAGAACGUCAAGAAUACCAUAGCAGAAGAGCGCCGCCAGUCCGAUCACCCGCGUUACGAGCACGCCAAAAAGAGGUUCCCUGAUGACGACCAACCGUGGAUGCCAAGCCGCGAAACAGAGUGCGGUUUCACUGUCUGCCAUAGUUGCUACCCAAGCGCCACCGAAAAAAAUCGUAUCAGCAUCGAUGCUGUGACCGAAGGCGAUAUCCAGCCAACCGUGGCCAUUGGCUAUGGGUUUAGCAAGCUAAAAUCAAGGCCCUACGCGAAGGCUGAGAUUGUGCGCAACAUUGGCUACCGACCUGUUCCCUUGCCCAUCGACCACUCCGGGGACCAGUCGGCCAACGAUUGGUUCUCCGCACCCACCGAUAACGUUAUGGAUAUUGCUGACCAGUACUUCAAGAUGACCGCGCAUGAUGGUUCCUCUGAUGCCAGGAACGUGGUCACUCCCGCAUUACCAUGCCGUUUGAGUCCGCCUGGCACACCUGGCACGCCUCGACGUUCACGAUUGAUGGUUGAUUCAUCAUCAGAUACGCUCGAUUUUGCGUACGCAACAAGUUCAUCGGCGAGAAAGUUUCUUCCUGUUCGACCUCCGUGGACUCCUCCUCCAACACCCCGAAGCAGCCCGAAAAAUGACAUCAAUGAGUCAGAGACACUCACCACUUUCGGCACCCAUCAUCUCACCUCCAAUGGGCGCAGCCCAGCUUUACUCAAGGUCAAUCCCGCAGUGAGAGAUAUGGUCUUGUCAUCGGUGACCGAUUUACCAUUUCCAGAGGAUCAAAAGGGAACAAAGACCACACCAACCGAGUAUGUUCCUGGAUUGCUGAACGAUGAUCAGAUCCCCAUCCAGUUCAAAGAGGAGUACAACCCUGGCCCAUUCCAAACUUUGAGCAGUAAGGUAUACGUUGAGGCAUGCACUACGCCUCUUCCGCCGGCCAACAUGGAUGAAAUCAUGUUCUUUCGCAAUGAGCCCUUGCCGAGGAAGCCGAGCCUUAGGUGGCACUGUUCUCAGUGCGAAUCUCACAGAGGGCCGAGGCCUGCAAUCGCAGUCGCCGGACAAGAUGGAGAUGCAACCAAUUCCUUGAGUUCAGAGCCAAUCACCUUUCUCAAAAGCAUUGCUAUCACUGAGGAAGCAGCGGAGUUUGGCACUCCUGAUGUUGCUGUGGCCGUUGAUAUACAGCCGGUAAUCUCUGCUUAUCCCAGGCAAGAUGACAAGGCGCUCAAGCUCUGA